AUGAGAUUUGGGAAGAAAGGGAAGCUGAGCCCUCGAUUCAUCGGUCCCUAUGAGAUCUUAGAGAGGGUCGGGCUAGUAGCGUAUCGCUUAGCGUUGCCGGUAGAGUUGGACCGAGUGCACGACGUAUUCCAUAUCUCCCAGUUGAAGAAGUACGUGCACGACGCAUCCCAUGUGCUUGCACUGGAGAUCCUAGAUUUAGACGAGACGCUAUCUUAUGAAGAGAAGCUAGUAAAGAUUCUGGAUUUCAAAAUCCGAGAGACUCGUCGCAAAGUAGUCAAGCUGGUGAAGGUGUGUUGGUCCAACCAUGGAGUCGAGGACGCCACCUGGGAGAUGGAAGACGAGAUGAAGAGACGUUACCCGACUUUAUUUGACCUAGGAACAUUUGUUGGUAUGAAUUCCAUGUUUAUUUGGCUUCUGGGAGAUGUAAUCUGGAAAAUCUGA